AAGGGGGCGUGGCCUAUCGCUGUCUGGGGGCGGGGCGCGGCUUGAUUGACAGGCGGUGGUCUGGGCCCCUGUGAGUGUGGGGCUGCUGUGCUGGCCCGGGCAGCCCCGAGUUAUCUGUGACCCCCCCUCAGGGCGUAUUUGUGAUCCCCACGGAGUAUCUGUGCCCCCCGUGGGAUAUUUGUGACUAACGAUGGGCAUGUGAGCCCCACAGGUACCAGUGACCCCAGUGAGGAGAUAUCUGUGAUGCUGGUGGGGUAUCUGCUCCUGUGGGGGCAGCUGUCAUCCAUGGCUGGGGGUAUCUGUCACCUGUGAGGGGGGUAUUUCUCAUCUCUGAGGGGGUAUCUUCCCCCCUCCUCAGGGCAUCUGUGAUCCCCGGGGCACGUCUGCCCCCCCCAUCACGUAUGACCUUGGAAGUAUCUGUCCCUUGCAGGAUAUCUUCCCUCCUAGUCCUCCCCCAGCCGGCAUGUCUCACUCUGCAGCGUUUCUGUCCCUCCAGAGCCACAGUGACUGCUCUCCCCCAGGGUAUCUGCUCCCCCUCCAUGGGAUCUGUGAUCCCCUGAGGACCUGGAACUCAAUGAGGGGUACUUGCCUCUCCCCUGUGGCCAAAGGUGACCUUGCCAGGGUACCUGUCCCUGCCAGCAACAUCUCUUACCCACUGUGCUGUUCCCCCCCACUCACUCACAGGGGCCCUGUGGUGCUGGGGGGCCAGGUCCUCCCCUUGUGCUGGUGUCAGGGAGUCAGGCCACCUCCCAUAGGAGGGAAGGAAAAACAGCCAUAAGUGGAUUUUGGCUGGUGCUGGCCCCAGCCCGGCGCCAGGAGGAUGAAUCCCAGCCGCAUGUGGGGCUGAUGAGGGGCCAGGAUAGGCACGAGUGUCAGUCCAGGACACAGUGGGGAGCCAGGGCGGGGUGCACUGUCUUCUCCAUGCCCUCAGUGCUGCCCAAUCCGCUGCAUUCCCGCGUCCCGUGAUCAGUGGCCACGGGUUGUUCUGCACCACGACCUUUGAGAUGAGCUGUGCUCGCCCCACGGCACCUGGAGCCCAGCUGCCCCCCAGGUAAGAGCCCUGGCACCCCCAGGUAAGAUCCCAGACCCCACUGUCGGUGGUCGUGGGCAGUGACCGUGUGCUGCCGCGCUUCCACAUGCACGGCGGGGGACUUUGUCCCUGCUGUCACCGCGUCUCUCAGUGCUGCUAUCCUGACCUGCUGCCGCCCUGGCAGAGCAAUGGCAGCGGUGUUGGCUCUGCUGGUGGCCUGGCCAGCUGCCACUGCAGCAGUGACGGUGACACGGGACUCGCUGCUGAAUGUCUGCAUGGAUGCCAAGCACCACAAAACAGAGCCUGGCCCUGAGGGGCAGCUCUAUGGGCAGUGUGUCCUCUGGAAGGACAAUGCCUGCUGCACUGCCAACACCAGUCUGGAAGCUCACCAGGACCAGUCCUACCUGUACAACUUCAACUGGGACCACUGUGGAGCCAUGCCAGAGAAGUGCAAGCGCCACUUCAUCCAGGACACGUGUCUCUAUGAGUGUUCCCCUAACCUGGGGCCAUGGAUCGACCAGGCAGACACCAGCUGGCGGAAGGAGCGGAUCCGGGAUGUGCCACUGUGCCAGGAGGACUGUGAGCAGUGGUGGGAGGAUUGCCAGGAUGCUGUCACCUGCAAGGUCAACUGGCACAAGGGCUGGAACUGGACUACAGGCACCAACCAGUGUCCCAAGGGUGCCAUGUGCCAGAAGUUCAAGUUUGUGUUCCCCACGGCGGCUGCGCUCUGCGAGCAGGUCUGGUCUGGCUCCUACCGCUACACGUCCCACCACCGUGGCAGCGGCCGCUGCAUCCAGAUGUGGUUUGACCCCGCGCAGGGGAACCCCAACGUUGCCGUCGCCCAGUAUUACGCCCGUGGCGAUGCUCCCCCAAACUCCCUGCCCUCUAUCCUGCUGUCCCUGCUGCCCCUCACCCUGCUGGCCCUGCUCUGAGCAGGAGGGGCUACAGGCAGGAGCGGGCAGUAGAUGGUCAGGGGGGUCCCCAGGCUGCCUUGUACCUCCCCAUGGGAUGUCCCCAAGCUGUGUCCCCCCACCCCGAGGCAUGUGGCUCAUGAAUAAAUGCUGCUGCCCUGCUUGGUCUUGGGUGUUGUGUGAUGGUUGUGGGGAUCCAAUAGGAUGGUUGAGGGACCUGGGGGUGUCUGCUUGUCCCAUGCUGCUUCUGGUGGGGAGAUGAAGCAGACAUCACUCCUAUUCAUUUGUACCGACCAACCUGGCUACCCAGCACUGCCUCCCCCAAACCACUGUACAGGCACAGGGCUGCCUGCCACUGGGGCCCAGGAGGAUGGGAUCGCUGAAUGUGUCCUAGCACCUGACACGGAUCCAGGGCCCCGGGCGUCACUGACACGCUGGGGUGCACAGGAUGAGACUGGGAAAAUUAUGGGCAAAUAGGGGAGGAUAUCCCGGGGACCCUGAGGUGGGAUCAUGGUUGUCAAGGGAGUUCCGCUGGCCUGGAGCCCACCCCAGUUGUCCCUUUCCCCCCCACAUGCUCCGCGUUCCCAGCUGUGAGAUGGCAC